AUGGCCGAUGUCAAAGCAGACGCCGAGGCGCUGGUUCCCAGGUUCAAGCUCGACCGCGUCCUCAACCAAGACCAGGCCGGCCGUCGCACUUCGCUGCUGGGCACCAUCGGCGCCAAGCCCGCGCUCCUGAUCCUCGAGCGCGCCCCUUUCCCGACCGACCCCGCCUACCUCGCCACCGCCCCGGCCUCCCUCGCCUCCAUCGCAAACCUCGGCGCCAACGACGUCUACCACUGGUACCUCGCCAGCAGCGGCGCGCCUGCGCCCGCGGCGGUGCCCGACCCCUCGCUCCUCGCCGACCUCAAGAUCAACCUCAUCUACCCCUGCACCGACGCCCACGUCAAGAAGUACAGCCGGCAGGGCGUCCGGCUCGUCACCGAGACCCCCGACAUCUACGCCGAGCACGUCCGCCCCUACAUGCAGCGCAAGCGCGACGAGGGCCGCCUCAACUGGGUCUUCAACAUCAUCGAGGGCCGCACCGAGGUCGAGGACGUCAUCUACCGCACCCCGCUCGGCGCCGAGGGCGACGAGGGCUUCCUGCUGCUGCCGGACCUCAACUGGGACCGCAAGACGCUCGACGCCCUGCACCUCCUCGGCCUCGUCGAGCGCCGCGACAUCUGGUCCCUGCGCGACCUGCGCAAGAAGCACGUCCCCUGGCUGCGCCGCAUGAAGGCCAGGCUCCUGGCCGCCACCGUCGGCCAGUACCCGGACGUCGACGUCGACCAGCUCAAGCUCUACGUGCACUACCAGCCGACCUACUACCACUUCCACAUUCACAUUGUGCACGUACAGCUCGAGGCCGGCGCGACGCAGGCCGUCGGCAAGGCUUCUUGCAUUGAGUUAUACACUUGGAGAGGCUAG